AAUAUCAAAGUGCAAGUGCAAAGAAGGAUUACCAGGAUAACGCCACUUGGAUAGCCACAGCAUUUUUUUUUUUGAGCACGUGAUACUAAAGUGAAAUUGUGAGAAAUGCAUUUGCCCACGGGACCCACCCUGGUGGCCAAUACGUCCGCCCACACCCAGGUCCUGGCCGCGGCAGCAGCAGCGGCAGCGGCCGCAGCGGCGGCCACAAAUGUUAGCCAGGGCAACAUCAGCACACAUUCGGCCAGCAGUACGGGCAGCUCCACGCCGGACAAUAGCCAUCACAGCAGCAGCAACAACAACACCAGCAACACCAGCAACAACAACAACAACAACAACAACACGAGCAGCAGCAACAACAACAACAACAACAGCUCAAACAGCUCCAAUGCGAAUACGGCGAAUCUGGCGAAAAUGCCCAGCUCAAUGACGGACAUGUUCGCCAGCCUGCACGAGAUGCUCCAGGAAUAUCACGGCGAAUUGGCCCAGACCGGCUCGCCGUCGAUCCUGUGCAGCGCCCUGCCCAAUCACUGGCGCUCCAACAAAUCGCUGCCGGGCGCCUUCAAGGUGAUCGCCCUGGACGAUGUGCCCGACGGCACCCUCGUCUCGAUCAAGUGCGGCAACGAUGAGAACUACUGCGGCGAAUUGCGCAACUGCACCACCACGAUGAAGAAUCAGGUGGCCAAAUUCAAUGAUCUGCGCUUCGUCGGACGCUCCGGCCGUGGUAAAUCGUUUACGCUGACCAUCACCAUCGCCACCUAUCCGGUGCAGAUCGCCAGCUACAGCAAGGCCAUUAAAGUAACGGUCGACGGGCCGCGGGAGCCAAGAAGUAAGCAAAGCUAUGGCUAUCCACAUCCCGGCGCAUUUAAUCCCUUCAUGCUGAACCCCGCCUGGCUGGAUGCGGCGUACAUGACCUACGGCUAUGCGGACUACUUCCGGCAUCAGCAGGCCGCCGCCGCUGCAGUGCAUCAUCCGGCGCUGUCCAAGGCCGCCACCUCGCCCAAUGGAAGCAACAGCGGCGUCAUUUCGCCGGGCGCUGCUGGUGGCGCCGCCAUGCCCACCGCCGCCUCCUCCGCCGUUGUGGCCGCCGCCGCCGCUGCCGCCGACUAUCCGCCGGCGCCGCCAGUGGUGGGCGUGCCAGUGGGCGGUGUGGUGCCACCCGGCUCCAUGAUGCCCUCGCCGCCGGGCGGUCCGCCAGCGUCCGCGUACGCAAUGCCCCAGUUUCCGUUCAAUCAUGUGGCCGCCGCCGCUGCCGCCGCCGCGCAUCAGAGCCAAAAGGCCACGCCCCACGCCUUCCAUCCGUACAACUUUGCGGCCGCCGCGGGCCUGAGGGCGCGCAAUGCCGCCGCCGCUGCACUGCAUCACGGCGGUUUGAGUGGCGCCGAAACGGCGCACAUGAGCCCCGCCUCGUCGCGCCCAUCGAGCUCCUCGCCCACGCCCACGCCCACAUCCAUGCCGCACGUGCUGCUCAAGCUGAACACCUCCAUCGAGACGAGCUCCAUCCACGAACAGUCCGCCUCGGAUGCGGACUCCGACGACGAACAGAUCGAUGUGGUCAAGUCCGAGUACGAGCUGGACAAGUCCAUCGACUCGACGCGCAGCUCGCCCACCCAGCAGAUCUCCGUGCCGCUGCGUAUGCGCUGCGACCUGAAAGCCCCGUCCGCCCUGAAGCCGCUCUACCACGAGUCGUCCGCAGCGGCAGCGGCGGCGGCAGCAGCAGCGGCGGCGGCAGCGGCAGCAGCGGUGGCCGCCGUCCACGCUCCGCGCCAGGCAUCGCCCGAGACGACGCUGCCGGCGGCAACCAAGCUGAAGAAUGCCGUUGUCCAGCAGAAGACCGUGUGGCGGCCAUAUUGAGCAGGAGUCGCAGCAGCAGCACACACACACAAUACAUACACACACACACACACACAGCGUGAUAUGGAGCAGGAUGCAGAAAGCAGGCGCAGAGCGGCAGCAACAUUGUGAUAUAGUCAUAUAAGUUAGGCACAGCACAAAUGAG